AUGGAUAAAGGAGAAUUAACUGGAGCAGUAUAUAUAGAUCUAAGAAAAGCAUUUGAUACGAUAGAUCACGGUCGGUUACUCUCGAAACUUCCAUGUUAUGGAAUCAGAGGAAGAGAAUUGACCUGGCUAGAAAAUUAUUUGUUCGGAAGAAAGCAAUUUGUUGUGUUUGACUCGGCAACUUCCGAGGGGCACACUGUCCUUACUGGUGUGCCACAAGGAUCAGUGCUCGGUCCCCCUCUCAUCGUACUACUUAUAAAUGAUAUCGAUUUGCAAAUGCAAAACUGUCAAAUUCUUUUAUAUGCUGAUGACACAGUAGUUUACACAUCUGACAAAUCAUGUGAAGCUAUUGAAUCAAACUUAAACUCUGAACAUACCAAUCUCGCGAGAUGGUUCUCUAAUAACAAGCUCGUUCUUAAUCUUAAGAAAGGAAAAACUGAAUUUGUUCUUUUUGGAGCGAGUAAGAAACUUCGUAAAUCGCCGAAAGUACAAGUAAAGAUAAAUGAAAUACCAAUAAACGAGGCGGAAUCGUAUGAAUAUUUGGGUGUAGAAUUGGACAAGUCGCUUAACUACAACAGUCAUAUUGACAGGACUGUCAAAAAGGCAUCUGCGAAAGCUAAACUGUUAUCACGUAUCCGACAGAAUGUCAGUCCAUAUGUUGCCGAGAAAAUAUACAAAGUUAUGAUUGAAUCAACUCUUGGAUACUGUGGUAACUUAUUUCUUGGUAUAUCAAAUAGCACAGCAAAUCGAUUUCAGCAAAUUCAAGACCGUGCUAUCAAUAUCGUAUAUGGUACAAACGUAACACUUAAUCGCUGGUGUUCGAUACGAAAUGUUAGGAAACUUCACUGUGUACAGGAAGUUUUUAAGUGUCUAAAUGGCCUUGUGCCUAAUCAAUUUAAUGGCAUUUUUUAA